GAUGGCUGUUGACAGGGCAGUCGGUGUCUGACUCUGGCCUGCUCUAGAAACACUAUUCCAGAGUCUUCCCAACUCUUGGCUGGCAUCCUGCAAUGGACUGGGAUUCUAGACCAAAUUUUAGGACCCUCAUUCUUGGUGGCCAGAAAGCACAGAACCAGAUGCAGCUGUGGAGGAAGAUGGUGGAGAAAGUGACCCUGGAAACAGAAGGGGAAUUCUUAUAAAUCACAAAGGAAAAUAAAUAACUUCACUCAUGGAGGGAAAGAGACAGCUUGAGAAAAGGGACUUUGGAAAAAGGCUGUCUCUAGAUAGCAGUCUUGUGGAAUACAUGGACUCCAACAAAUACAUUGAACAUCUGCUGACUCAACUUGAGGAGCAACACAGAAGUCUCUGGAGGGAGAAGUUGGCUGUGGCCCGAUUGCAGAGAGAAGUUGCCCAAAGGAGAAGUGAGGGGGCCAUGCAUGAGAAGCUGAUACAUGAAUUGGAAGAGGAGAGACACUUACGUCUUCAGAGUGAGAAGCGCUUGCAGGAGGUGACACUGGAGUCUGAGAGGAACAGAAUUCAGAUGCGUGGCCUGCAGCAGCAGUUCUCCAGGAUGGAAGAAACAGUACGAAAUCUACUGCAGAGUCAAGGACCUCCAGAACAGAAAAAAGAAGAAACUGUUAAUAUAAUGGUCUAUCAGGAAAAACUGUCAGAGGAAGAGAGAAAACACAAGGAAGCUUUGGAAGACCGUCACAUGGUGGUAGAUGAGGAUUCAAGGAGUGAAGGCAGCAGUGCAGAUGAGGGGAAAGAAAAGACCAAAUUGCUGUUAGAAAGAUUGAAGGCUCUAGAGGCAGAGAAUUCAGCGUUGGCUUUGGAAAAUGAAAAUCAAAGGGAACAGUAUGAGAGGUGUCUUGAUGAGGUAGCCAACCAAGUUGUGCAAGCUCUGCUCACUCAAAAGGAUCUAAGGGAGGAAUGUGUAAAGUUGAAAACGAGAGUGUUUGAUUUGGAACAACAGAAUCGAACGCUAAGCAUCCUUUUCCAACAGCGAGUCAGACCAACUUCUGAUCUGCUCCUCCAGAAACUUCACUCACGCAUCUUAGAUCUUUCAACCGGGGAUUUGCUCUCAGAUGUGGAAAGAAGCCGGAGUCUGACGCACUCACGAACUGAUGUUGAAAUGCACGAAUGCCAGCUGAACACAAAAUCAGGAACCCCUGCUUUGAAACGCCCUGGCAUGGGGGUUGCCAUCCACGGUCAUCUCUGUACUCGAAGCAGCUGUAGCAGCAGCGAGCUGUCUCUCUCGAGCGCCUGCAGCGAAUACUCCAGCGGCUCCUCCUACACGUGGCAUGAUGGGAAGAACCUCAGGAAAAGGCAGUCAUCACAGAAUUGGGACAAAAGGUUAAGUAUUGACUCUUCGCUCCCAAGUGGCUUUGCUAGUCCCACAGAUGAACUACCUCCGACUCGCAUCAAGGAAAGCCACAUUUUGGAAGGACUCAGAAAGCUCCAGAAGAGAAAAGUGUUACUUGAACCCCCAUCAGUGAUAACCAAAUGGGGUUAUAAAGAUUGCAUGAACUCCAAUGAAGGAAUCUACUCACCAGGAAUUAAAAGUAGCAGCCUCAAGGAAUAUCCCCCCUGCAAACCCACGGACACGGGGAGCCCCUGCAAGGAGCCCCACAAGGCAUUUGCUUACGACACAGAUUCUCACGACGAUGCCGAAGAGGACCCUUCCUCCUUAGCCUCGCUCCAGGCAGUUCCGCACCAGGGCUGCAGGCUGCACGGUUGUAAAUUAACCCACAGUGUUUCUGACAGUCUCUUUGGCUGGGAGCUGAAUGGCAGACACUGUUCAGAAGUCACUUCCUCCGUCUACCCCUGGGAAAGGCCCGAGAAGCUGACCAGUUGUGCUAGCAGCUGUCCCUUGGAGCGGAAGCAGUGCCCAAGUGCGCAGGGGCCUCAGGUACAGAGAGAGAGGGACCCGCACAGCCAGGGCUGCCUGUCUGUCAGUCUCCAGCUCUCAGACACUGAUGACACCGAAACCCUGGAUGAGCUGCACAUAGAGAGCAGUGAUGAGAAAAGCCCUUCCGACGUGUCUUUGACUGUGGACGCCGACAAGUCUGUGGAGAACCUGGACGUCCACGUGGGAUUCGGAAGAUCUCAACGUGGGUCUCCUGAGGAGGAAGAUAAACAAGUGCCCGUCCACUUCGAGAGCAGGCCAAAGACGUUUAGUUUCAUUAAGCAGCAAAGGGUUGUAAAACGGACUUCCUCAGAAGAAUGUAUUACUGUCAUAUUUGAUGCAGAAGAUGGCGAACCCAUUGAGUUCAGCUCUCACCAGACUGGCCUGGUCACUGUUACCAGAAAGGAGAUUUCCAUCCAUCAGGCCCCUGCUGGGCCCCAGACAGAACACACUGAACUUUUACCUCAGGGAAUUGCUCACUUACAGCCAGGGGCUGCUGCUAGAGACUAUCCUUUCUUGAAGAGAUCUGAAGAGGAAACUGAGAGAAACAUUCCAAGACAAGAAGUAGACGAUGUUGCCGUGACACCCACUGAAUCCUUCCGCCCCGGGACAGUGACGCAAAGCACUCAGCGACAAAGACUGACCAAACCAACACACGCUCCGUCACGCCAGAGUCAUUCUAGGUCCUCUGUGGCCACGGGCAUCUAUCAGAAGAAAAGUCUGACAAAAAUACCAACCAGGGGCAAGGCUUCACCUCAGAAAUCAAGGAUAAUGGAGCCUGAGGCCUCCCUCACGGUCCCCUCAGCUGGCCCAGUGACUCUUGAGAGAUCACCAGCUCCAGGGAAACUCUCACGGUUCAAAAAGUCUGAAGGCCCAGAGCCCCUCUUUGCUUUACCGCCAGAUUCACACAUUCCAAAACCCUCCACCCAGCUCCCUCACGGCUCCAAAAUGUUCAGCAGAAGGGACUGGGCCCAGUACUCCAGGAGUCAGAUUCCAGCGUCACAGCUGCUGCCAACGCCCCCCGCCCAGCCGAGUGACAGUGGCGAGCCCCCCACGAGUGAUAAACACUGUGACCCGGGGCCAGAGGCCGGGCUGAGAUCGCCCUCCCUGCCGUCCCCUCCAGGCAGGUCGGUGUCCCUACUCGCCAGGCCCAGUUACGACUAUCUGUCGUCACCUUCAUGGGCCAAGCCAGAAAGCGGGGUCCCCAGUGCGGCGGCGAGGACGGUAUUGAAAUCCCCCCCUCUGAAAGGAUCCUCUGCUCCAAUUAUUUAUUUUAAUCAGACCGUGACAGAAGUGCAGGGGAAGAAACCUUCUGUGGCCUUCAAAAAGCCAGUCUUCGCUCCCCCUCCGCCCUCCACAGAAACAGCGAUCCAAACCAGAUGCCCUGCUCACAGCCCCUCCAGCUCGUUUGCUGGGAUGGCCCCAGGGCCCCCAAAGGUCUCCCCAAAGAGAAGUGUCCCCAAAACCCCACCUCACCAAACACUUGGGACCACACAAACGGACAUAGGGUUACGGACUCCCAAGAACUGUCCUCCUACCCAUGAGCCACUGGAAAUACCGUCUUCCAAAGGUGUGUCUCCAGCGAGAAAAGGACAGUUGAAUGACAGUGUCCCCACACCCCCCACGCCUGCCUUCUUAGGGGUAAGUGAGUCGCCAUCAUCUCAGGUUAGCAGUCCCUCAUCAGCACCCUCCAAAAGCCACAACAGCCCGCAGGGUUGUCAAAGCCCUCAUGAGAGAGGCCUGAAAACUCGCCUCCCCGUCGGGCUCAAAGUCUUCAUGAAGUCUCCCCAGUUGCUCAGGAAGAGUUCUACAGUGCCAGGGAAACAUGAAAAAGACAGCCUCAACGAAGCCUCGAAAAGUUCCGCGGCUGUGAGCAAGGAUAAGCCAGGGACCUCCAGGAACGCCAGCAGCCUUGAGACCACAGGAGGCGAAAGAAGUGCGUCUCCACUGGGUUUACGAGCACAGGAGAGUUUGGCCGAAGGGCCUCCCCUCGAAACAGCAACGCCAGAGUCACUGGAAAGUAGCACGCCCGGGGCCGAUGGAAAAGAUGCGGUAGAAAACAAGUCUGUGACGAGAUCCCUGUCCUCCAACAAACCGCUGCUAAAACCAGCUCUAGGCAUGAACGGAGCCAAAGCCCGCAGCCAGAGUUUCAGCGCUCACUCAGGGGACAAGCCCCCCACGGCCUCCGUGGAAGGGCCAGGCAAGGUCCGGACUCAGAUUAUUACCAACACUGCUGAGAGGGGCAACUCCCUCACCCGGCAGAGCUCCUGCACGGAAGGCGCUCCCAGCAAGACCGCGUCUGCCCCCGUGUCUGACGUUCUCCCCGGUGCUGGGAGGCCCCUGGGUCAUCCUUCCUCCAGGCAGGGCUCCCUGGGGAGUACAGGCAGCUCCAGCAGCCAGCACGGGAGUCCAAGCAAGUUGCCUUUGAGGAUCCUUCCAAAAUCCGAAGGGCCCCUCGCCCCACCCGGAACAGAAGAGCAGCCGGCCUACGCCCAGGGAGAAGGUGCCAGGGUGACUGCACCAGAGGAAGCAGGCAGCGACCACGGCAGGCGCCCGUCCACCCCAAAAGACGGCCCGGGAGCCCCUCAGAGUCCGGGGAGGACACGGCAUCCCAGCAGUUUUGAAACCAGCAGGACCUCCAGGCUGGAAACUUCUGGAAGGUAUCCAGACACGUCUACAACCAGGACCGGUGUUGUGAGCCCAGAAGCCCCCCUCUCACCCACAAUCGAAGAAAAGGUCAUGUUGUGCAUUCAGGAAAAUGUGGAAAAGGGCCAAGUGCAAACAAAGUCCACCUCUGUGGACGCGAAGCCGAAGCCCGGGCCUUCUUUUGCCAGCUGGUUCGGUUUUCGGAGGAGCAGACUGCCAGCUCUCAGUAGCAGGAAGAUGGAUGUCUCCAAAGCCAAAGCAGAAAAGAAAGAUGCAAAAGGUUUGGGGUUUGGAAACAAACAGCUAAAAUCAGAGAGAAAGAAAGAGAAAAAGAAGCCUGAGCUACAAUGCGAGAUGGAGAAUGAACUUAACAGGGACAUCGAGCUGGCAGAUGGUCCAGACAGUGGUUUACAAAACAGAAAUAACCUGAAAACACCGCCAGACAUUUAUGACCAAGUGAAGUUUGUAUCGAGGAGUAGACCCAGCCCUGUUCCGUGUGCAACGAAAGACACCUUUAUGACGGAACUCCUAAACAGAGUUGAUAAGAAAGCAGCUCAACAGACCGAAAGUGGAUCAAAUAAUGUUUCCUGCAGGAGCGUGUUAAAGGGCAGCUCCCAGGGCUCUUGUGUCACCGGCAGCUCUAUCGGCACUCAAGGAACCCACAAGAAGAACAUCAAAACCAAAGCAGAUAUGGAAAUACCGAAAGGCUCCCUGAUAAAAGAGGCAAAUGAACACUUGCAAGAGGAUGAAGAAGAUACAGUUGCAGAUUCUGCAUUUCAGAGCCAUACCAUAGGAACGAACUGCCAGAUGAGGACACUGGACAGUGGGAUUGGAACCUUCCCGCUCCCAGACUCAGGAAACCGCUCAGCGGGACGGCACCUGUGCCAAGCAGACUCUCCCGAUGACACUGAGCCCCUCCUGUCUCUCCAGCCAGCCCUUUGUGCAGCUUCUUCCAUAAGAGCCCAGACCCUUGAACGAGAAGUGCCUUCCUCUGCAGACAGCCGGGGAUCUAAAGACAACGCCAUUGUUCAUUCCACAUCCGACCCCAUCAUGACUGCCAGAGGGAUGCGACCUCUUCAGAGUCGCCUCCCCAAGCCAGCCUCCUCAGGAAAAAUCAAUUCCCAAAUGCAGAGUGAAGCCAGGCCAAGGCCUCAGACUUGUUCAUCAUUCGAAUAUGCUGAAAACACAACGGCAGUGGAGAGCAAGCCACUUCUAGCCUGGGGGGGGGACGGCGCUGCUGCGGAGACCCAGGACAAGGUACCCAGAAUGUGUGCGUACUCUGCCAGCGGUGGCAGUGGUAGUGACAGUGACCCCGACUAUGGAAAUAAUGGUUUUGGAGCUGGAAGGGGCAAGUUAGUGAAAGCGAUGAAGAGCGCCACCCCAGAAAUUGAAACAAGUUGAAGAAACAAGAGAAGAUCCUGAGAAUAGAUUACGUAAAAUUUCCCUGGAGUCAUUCAGUAAAUACAACGGCAAUACUGUGAUCUUAUUAGAAAAAGAGACGAACUCUCUGAAGAA